GUGCCGUGGCUCAGCAUACGAAAGAGAUGGAAGAAGCUAGCAAAGAGGCCUGGGCAAGAGCUCAAACUACAACCAGAGGUGAAGAGUACAUCCCCAUCGCCAAGAAGUCGCGUAAGAAAACUGAGAAAUUCCCUAAAGCAUAUCAGAAAGACUUGCAGGAUAUAAUUGACGAGGAUAUUGCGAUUCAAAUAGCAAAACAUAAUACAUCGGUUAAAAGCAAAGUAUGCUAA